AUGGCGUCUCUGCCUUGUUUUGACGAACAUUCGCAACCCAUUGCUUGUGACAAGAUUUCCGAAAUGGAUUUCCGAACUUUCACCGUUUCAAGCAACGGUCUCGUCGCCGAAGUGGCGGCGGAUUCCAUUGUUCCUGGGACAGAUUCCGUGCUUUUCUUCGAAGUCCGUGCCAUCAUAGUAGACCAACCGAACCCAGCACUGGCCAGCUUCCACGCAAUGCGAUCGAAAUUGGAGUCUUUGGACAAUGGAUUCAACGGAGCGGUUGAUCAGUUGAACAAGUUUGAGGAGGGCAAGGAUGAUUGCGUGGAAUCCGAUGACCAGCUUGUGCAGAUUCUCGCCAACUCGACUAUAGAAAACGUUUACGUCCACGAAAAUACGUCGAUUAAAGGAGAGUGGGAUUCAAGCUUGACACAAGUCAAUGUGAACAUUUCGAGGUUUGAUAACGAAACAGCCAGGGAUCUUCAAACCACAGUCAUGCAGCUGAUCGACGCAUUAACUGGUCUUCAGCGGAAACUAGAUUCUGCCGAAAACGCGACCAGUGUGCCUAGCACGACGUCCGCUGUGAUCGAUGAUCUGAUAGUCGCGGAUAAGCCAAAUUUCCCCAAGAAUUACAUUCUGGUCGAUAAAAAGCCGAGUGUCGUUGAUUCCCGACUAACGAUGUCAGGAUUGUUGGAGUGCACCGCUGCUACUGUGUCCAAUUUGAAUGGGAGAGCUGAUCCUAAUUUUAUGUCUCGGAAUCAGCCCGAGCUUGUUUUCAAUGCAUCCGUCGGAUUCAAUGAAGCAGUAUUCACGAACGUCGUCGGAUUGAUCCAGUCCGAGGACUCGUUGGGAAACUCUCGCCCUCUGUCGCCAGAUGGCCUCGUCUUUGCUGAUCAGCACGUGGACUUCUCGUCACUUAAAGGGGAAGUGUUUGCGUCUGGACCGGUGUGGAUAAAAAAUCUGAACGAUACGACUUCCACACUGGACUCAGAGAAAAGUUCACUCCACAGUCGAUUGACUAACCUUGUCCCUCGCAACGAUCUAACACCGCACACUAUCACUUCUUCCAAAGGAUUUUCUGACAUGAUUGUUGCUAGUCGAAUUAUGGACUGUGGAAGUGAAACUACUGUGAAUGAUCUUGGGAAUGUGCAAACCUUUCGUGACAAAAGUGUCCGAAAAGCUUUGGCGCAAGUGCGGUUCUCUGAGAUCGAAAUCAACGGAACUGUGCGAAUUUCCGGGUCUUACAAAUCUGAAGACCAUGACCAACCGUACGCUCCCGUCAUGCAAAGCAACUCGACUCCCACGUACGGCCCACAGUUGAAAUACAUUAUCGGAAAUCUUACUGUGGAUACCGCAGUUCUAGAAUCAAUCUGUGGUGUCAAAUUUCCUGACGGGAUAAUUCCUCUGGAUUCCUCGCUUCCCCGGCGAAAUUUAGGAACAGCAGUGUUUCCUGAAGGGAUCAGGACUUCUAACCUGCAAAUGCUGAGCCUUAAUGAUAAACCUGCUGAGCAGCAGUUGAUGGCUGGUUUGACACCAAAGAUAGACACGUGGACAGUUGAUUCGUUGGAAGUUGGGCCCGCAGUCACGCUGACGGUGAACCAGUCGCUGAAGGUUGAAAUGGUGAAUCAUGAACCUGCAGAAAAAAUAGUACGGACCGUCAUUACCACGAACACGGCGAGCCUCCAUGAUUUCGGAAAUCUCAAUGUUUCGGUGCUGGAAGCAAAGCACGUCGAACUGCCCGUAGGGCAUGUGUUGACCAACCUCAUGCGUUACAACGAGUCGCAGUCCUUCACUGGUCCGAUUACAUUUAAUUCGUCUGUGACUUUGGGAAACGUAUUGACGGAGAAAUUGGCAACGUACAACUUCACGGCCCUCGACAGGGAAGCUGUGCCGUGCUCGGCAUCUGCAACGAAAUCUGUCAAUCCACACUUGCGUUUCGUUGGGGAAAAACUGAACUUGGAAUCGGCGAAAAUUAACCGAGCAAUGUGUGGAUUUCAGAUCAAUGAGUUUGUUUUCAAAGAUAAUUUGCGUUUCGUUGGGGAAAAACUGAACUUGGAAUCGGCGAAAAUUAACCGAGCAAUGUGUGGAUUUCAGAUCAAUGAGUUUGUUUUCAAAGAUGACACGGAAAUUCAAUUCAGGACUCCAGUGAAGGCGUCAAAAGUGGAAAUUCAUGGUAACGUCUUCUUUUCCGAAAAAGAAAAUCCUCAGUUUGACAGAUUUCUCCGGGACCGAAUGAAACUCCGGGGCGAGGAGCAAAUAAUUGCCAACAGCUUGAUUCUUCCUGAUCUUGUCGCCGAAAAACUCGCCUAUAGGACCUUGAAUGGAAUAACUCCGGUUGAGGUUUCGAAGAGCUUUUCCGCUAGAUCAGUCGACAAUUAUAUGAUCCCCGAGUCGCUGAAUGAAGUUUGCUGGAACGACAGACUAUGUGAAAGGUCAGCGGCAGCAACCACGGCAUUUUCACAACGUGUCACGGUGAAUGGAUCCUUGAACAUUGAAGUCUUGAACGGAAGGGCGAUGAAGAAUCUGCUCACAAGCAAAAAUGCCGAUCAAAAAAUCACGAUCACUGGGACUAUGAAUGUAUCUAGCGAAGGAACCACUGCUUUGGCCGGUGAAAUCCAACUGGGAACAUUGGCUUCCUCUUCAGUUGAGGAGUUCACGAUUUCAGCGCUGGAGGCUCUCGCUGCCAAAAGUAGUGAAACCAUGUCAAGCACAAUGGUGGAUGGAUCUAAAGGUGUGACGAUCAUCGACUCCGAAGAAUUUGCAGUGCGUCAUCUUUAUUGUUCACAAUUGAACGGCGCUCCCCUGGAUUCCAGUUUGAAUUCAGCAGUAAACCUAAAUGCAUCAGAAAACCUGAAGAUCAAUGUCAUCGUUUCGAACCUGGCAUUGAGUCCUGAUGUACCGAGCACAGCGGCGAAAUUGAACAGCAAACCUUGGGGCAAAAUUUCUCAGCAAGCUAUUCAUUUACCUGGAAUCUUCAAACCGAACUUCCUCGCAUGCACAACUAUUGAAGUCGAGGAGUUGAACAUCACCGGAAUUUCUGGUAUAGAUUUCGAUCUCCAAUGUCAAAAGUUGGACCAGCCAAUCAACGCGGAAGAGAGCGUCUGGACUUUCACUGACAACAUAAAUGUCACCCAACUCGAGGCUGUCGUGAAAAAUUUCGAUAUUAUUAACGAUGCUGUAAUCGUGCCAAUCAACGCCGAACAGCCUUUGAAAUUGAAACAGCUCAACAUGAACGGGGCCGUUGUACUCUCCAACCUCAAUGCAGACAACGUGGGACGAAUGGAGAACUUCGCAAAAUCGUUCAAGAAUAUCAUCAAGGUUGAGUUGUGUAGAACAGUGUUCCCCAACCUUUUUGGGUCCGUGGAU